UCCCAUAGUAAAGAUGGUGGUGUCUGAGCCUAAAUACAGGCAACACCACUUCCGUGUUGCCCUUCUGCCCUGGCCCAAGAUGGCGGACGAGGCAACACGACGUGUUGUUUCUGAGAUCCCGGUGUUGAAGACCAACGCCGGACCCCGAGAUCGGGAGUUGUGGGUGCAGCGACUGAAGGAGGAAUAUCAGUCCCUUAUCCGGUAUGUGGAGAACAACAAGAAUGCGGACAAUGAUUGGUUCCGACUGGAGUCCAAUAAGGAAGGGACUCGGUGGUUUGGAAAAUGCUGGUACAUCCAUGACCUCCUCAAGUAUGAGUUUGACAUCGAGUUUGACAUUCCUAUCACAUAUCCCACUACAGCUCCAGAAAUUGCAGUCCCCGAGCUGGAUGGAAAGACAGCCAAGAUGUACAGGGGUGGCAAAAUAUGCCUGACUGAUCACUUCAAACCUUUGUGGGCCAGGAAUGUGCCCAAGUUUGGACUAGCUCAUCUCAUGGCUCUGGGGCUGGGGCCAUGGCUGGCAGUGGAAAUCCCUGAUCUGAUCCAGAAGGGCGUGAUUCAGCACAAAGAGAAAUGCAGCCAAUGAAAGACGAAGCCACCGAGGAGGGACACGGGGACCUUUAAGAGGCUACCAUCCUGUUUCCCUGUGCAUCACUCUUGUCACUCAUCUGACUGCUUCCUCCCAACUCCCCCUCCUCUAGCUGUUACUAAGUAGCUGCAGCAGGCAUUGCUAGGGGCGGUUCAUAUACACAGUAUCUUUUGAGUUGCUAAAUUAGGCUGCACAGGGAAAGGAAGGAUUUGAGCCUUGGAAAUUGAAGAGGCAAUGUUUAUUCUCUCCUAAGGUGGAACUGUGUGAGAUCUUGGAGGCAUAGGGGUAACUGAAAGUGAGUAUAUGGCUUUUUUUGUGUUCGGAAACAACCCAUCAAUAAAAUAGAAACCUGCUUCCUCUGUU